UUAACCACACCAUGUAAAGAAAAGAAUGUGACAUUAAGACAAGCACAACGAAAAGAGCUAAGAAGAAAGAUGUGUGAGCUUGGCAAAGAGACUCUUUAUGGAAAGAUACUUACAACUGGAAAAAACUUUGAGAACUUCAUUGUGGACGACAGCCGCAAAAUCCUCUACUGUUAUAUUCCAAAGGUUGCCUGCACAAACUGGAAAAGGAUCAUGUAUGUCUUGAAAAAGGGCGAGCCUUACAUCGAUCCUCUAUCUGUUCAUCGCAAUAGUGUACAUCAAACAAAAGCACUGGACUAUCUGACAGACUUCAGUCCAGAAGAAAGGGAAAUCAGGCUGAGGACUUACACAAAGUUCCUCUUCGUUCGGGACCCAUUUGUUCGCCUUAUCUCUGCCUUCCGACAAAAGUUCCAAAGCAUUGAUGAGCCCUUUUAUAGCAUUUAUGGAAAGACAAUGGUGAGACUGUACCGUAACCAGUCUGAUCCUCCCAAGACACAGAGAGAGGCAAUAGCUUUAGGAUUGCAACCAACAUUUUACAACUUUGUUCAGUACUUGUUGGACCCACGAACAGAAAGAUAUGGCCCCUUUAACGAGCACUGGAGACAAAUGCACCACCCGUGUCACCCCUGCAUGUUAGAGUAUGAUUUUAUUGGUCACCAGGAGACACUUGAGGAAGAUGCUGGAGAGCUUCUUAAAAUGUUAGAGGUGGAAAACAAAAUUCAGUUUCCGCCCACUAAAAAUGCAACUACAUCUGAUUUCAUCAAGGAAUGGUUUAAAACGGUGCCUCUGGAGGACAGGAGGAUGUUGUACAACCUUUAUAAAUGGGAUUUCAAAAUCUUUGGAUUCAGAAGACCAGAUGAAAUCCUAGAUAGUUAAUAUUUAUGUUGAGGUUUUGGGUUUUUGUUUCUGAAAUAUAUUGUGUAAAUGGGAUUCCCUUCUGAAGCUGCUACCCCGCGACCCGACCCCUGAUUAGCAGAAGAAGAUGGAUGGAUACAGUGUAAAUAAAAACAAUGCAUCUGGAUGGUUUUAUUAAAUAAGUAUUUAUGGCAGGUUGGGUUGUGUGUCCAUAAGGCAUUUAGGAGUGUAUCAUCUAUAUAAUUCUUUGUACUAUUUAAC